AUGGAGACUGAAGAAAUUUCUUUAUAUUAUGAUAAAUUGCCCCGGACAUGUGAGUAUUUUAUAAACCUCUGCAAUGGUGAUAAAAUAAAAAAAAAUGGUGAAUAUUUAUGGUACAAAAAUUCAACAUUACAUCGUAUUGUUAAAGAUCGUUGGCUUCAAUUUGGUGAUUUAGGAUAUGAAAAUAAUUUUACUGAUGAGACUACAAUAGAAGCUGAAAAUUUCACAAUUUUUCAUGAUCGUCGCGGAGUUAUUUCAUUGGCUAAUGAUGGAAAAAAUCACAAUGGUCCACAAUUUGUUGUCUCAUUAAAUCCUAAUCCAUGGAUGGAUAAAUAUUACGUUGCAUUUGGACAACUAAUUGAUGGUGCAAAGACAUUAGAACAAAUUCAACAACUGCAGACUUUUUAUGAGUCACCUUUAUUAAAAAUAAUAAUUACUGAGUGUGACAAUAGCGAAUAA